GUUUUCGUUUGAUCAGCGUAGGAGAAUUAUCAUCUAUUUGGAAAGGCACAGAUCAUGUGACGGUGCUGAGUUGAAUUAUUUGAUAUUGAAUAAUGAUAAAAUUUAAAUUACUUGUUUAAUUGGAAUCUAAUCGACAACAGUUGUUUUAAAGAGAGUGAUUUAGAACAUACACUAUGGCUUUAAAGGGAACUUUACUUACCACUUUGGUAAUAUAUAUUAUACUUUGUGACAGUAUUUAUGCGACGUACGUGGAUCUGGCGGAAAGAAAAAGGUCUUCUGGAGAAGAGUUGUUAAAACGGGCCGGUGUUAUGUCAGAUUACAAGCCAUGGUCUAUGGGGAGGGACAGGCGCUACCGUUUCAUGCAUAUGACCGAUGCAGGAUAUGGGUCAAGAUUGUUUGUUACGUCAAGACUUGUUCGAGCUCUGUUCGCACAGCGAAAUAUAUUUGGUGUUUAUGGGCCAGGAAAGAAGAAAUGAAAACUUCAAAGUGAUAAAUAGUCAAACCCAAUUUACUUUUAAAUUUUCUUCUAUCUACAAAUUAUGUGUUUAUAGGUUAUAACUAAUUAUUUUGAAAUUAUACAGGAGAAACAGCAGUCAGUUUUCCUAACGUUUUCUUGUUGAUAUUAUUUUGACUAUAUUUAGACUGAUAAUUCUGUUUUAGUCACACAGUAGAAGGGAAAAUACUGCAAACUCAGUCAUUACUCGCACGUAACAUGUGAAUUAUUACCUGAAUCUUAAAUCGUUUUACUUUUUUAAAAAUCUUAAUACAUUUUUGUUCUCAAGUUGGAUUUUCUUGAAGUAUUUUGGCUCAUCUAGAGGCAUGCAGCUAAAAGAUUUUUUUGACUUUUUUUAUCAUUUAUCUACGUUCACAGUACAUUACUAUGUUACAUUCGCAUCAUUUAAAGUUCUGAUUGUUCGCUUGUUAUGUUUCUCAACCAAUUUCAAGAACAGAAUCUGUAAAAUGUGCAAGGGUAACAUACAGUUAGUUUUAUGUAUUUUACAUUAUUCAAUAUACUUUUAUAUUAACAAAGGGACUUGCAUUGCAAAAAGAUGAAUAAUAAUUAUAUUAAGAUACUUAUUGACAAUUAAUAAAAUAUUGAUUCAAUACUUGUAAAGUUAGAAAAAAGACGUUUGAAAUCACCCAAUUUAGAAUAUUUUAUAAGAUACAUAAGAUUGACAGUGUGCUACAAACCAAUUUUGUAAUUUUAUUAGAUACUUUAUUAAACUCGUACAGAAUGUUUGCUGAUUGUAAUAAAAUCCAUUCCUUAAAACACUUAAAAUAAUGAUGAAAAAAGUAUUGAUCACUUUGUUUUCUUCUCCGCACCAAGCUUUCGUAUAUUUCCAAGAAUAUAUUCAAUUAAAUUCUGCUAAAACAAACAUUUUUAUUGAUUUUCCGCAACAUUUACAAGAUUUGACUUUUCAGCAUUUGAUUGACUUUGCAUUAAAAAUGUUAAUAUUUUAAUUUUAAUAUUUCGUUUUUAAAUAUCAAUAACAAUACUAUUCACAUAAAAA